UGCGUCCAUCUCUGAAUCCUUCCAGUCCAUAGCACGCACACCAACAGCGACGAACUCCUCCCUGCCUGUAUUUAUUACGUGGCGGCCUGGCCGUGACUAGACGACUCGAUUACAGCGAAGGCGGAAGCAGUUACGCGUGGUCGGUAUCCAUGGGAACAGACAUCAGUCAGCGCUGUGUGCUACAGCUGACGUCAGCAGCAGCAUUCCUGCCACCCCCAAUAUGGCGGCGUAGGCGACAGCCGGUGACAGGUAGCCAUGUCCACCGAUGAGAUGUCGAUGUCUGAUGGGGAGCCCUUCACCCGGGAGCGCUGGGCUCCCGUCGGGGCAGUGGCAGAAGAAGCAGACGAGCGGGCCUCGGUGCCGGAGCAUGGCAUUAAGUCGGAAGGGGUAGUGUCAGGCCGCCUGCGCUCCGGCACGGCUUCGGUAGAGAUGGUGGAGAAGCUGCAGAGGCUGGAGGAUGAGCAAGAGCUGCUGAACUCAUCCCUGCUCGCCCUCACCUCGCACUUCGCCCAGGUGCAGUUCCGCCUGAAGCAGAUCGUGCGGGCAGAGGGCCCAGAGAAGGAGAGGCUGCUGGCCGAGCUGGAGGACUUCGCCUUCAAGGGCUGCCCUCAUGUGCAAGGGCCCCGCGGACUGACCGAUCAGCAGGUGCUGGAUGACACGAGUGAAUGGGAAAAAAGGGAGCGUAUUGAGGCCCAGCGGAAGAAGCAGCGAGAGCUCAUUGUGCAGCUGAAGACACAGCUGGAUGACUUGGAGACAUUUGCAUACCAAGAAGGCAAUUACGAUUCGCUGCCCCAAUCUAUCCUCAUGGAGAGGCAGCGAGUGAUCAUAGAUGAAUUGAUUAAGAAACUGGAUGUCAAUUUAAAUGAGGACAUUGGCUGCUUGUCUCCUGAAGAGCUGCGUCAAAGAGUGGAUGCUGCUAUUGCUCAGAUUGUUAACCCAGCCCGAGUGAAAGAACAGCUGGUGGAUCAACUGAAAACCCAGAUCAGGGACCUGGAGAUGUUCAUAAAAUUUAUUCAAGAUGAAAUUGGCAGCCCAGUGGAGAGUCUAAGCGGAGGAGCUGCAGGUUAUGACCCAAAGUCUGGCCCAAGUGCAAGGACUAAUGUGAAUCCAGAGCAGGCAAAGCAGAUGCGGGAGACUGGGCUGCAUUUGUUACGUCGGGCCCUGGCUGUCCUGCAGAUUUUUGCUGCGAGCCAGUUUGGUUGUGGUGUAGGUAAUAUGCCACAAAACCUCUGGAAGCAGGAUGAAAGCAACAGAGACUUCACUCCACUGAUUAAAAAAUUGGAGACCACUGUGGAGAAGGUGAGACAGCUGGCACUGCGGCAGCAGCCUGCAGAUCACGUGAUCAGCUAUGCCAAUAUGCAGGAGAUUGUAUUGGGAGGAAAAGAUGACCUGACUGUGGCUGUCAGGAGAGAGCUGGCUGUUGCUAUAAGAGAUCUCUUGUCACAUGGCCUCUAUGCUACAUCUCAAGGAAUGAGUUUGGUUCUAGCACCCAUUGCCUGCCUCAUCCCAGUUUUCACCACCUCGCCUCCUUCUAUGCAUCCCUGGGAACUGUUUGUCAAGUACUACAAUGAGAAAAAUGGAAAAGCCUUUGUAGAGUCUCCUGCCCGUAAGCUCUCGCAAUCCUUCUCCCUUCCUGUCUCAGGGGGCCGUAAAGUAACCCCAAAGCAGAGCCUCCUCUCCGCCAUUAAUACCGUUUUAACAGAACAUGACCCUUUCAAGCGUGGUGCAGACUCUGAGUUCAAGGCGUUAGUCUGCAUGGCAUUGAAUGAACAACGUCUAGUCUCCUGGCUUAACCUCAUCUGCAAGUCAGGGGUGUUAAUUCAAUCACAUUAUCAGCCCUGGAGUUAUAUGGCAAGCAGCGGCUUUGAAAGUGCCCUGAAUAUUCUUAGUCGACUCAGCAAUCUAAAGUUCAACCUCCCUGUAGACCUUGCUGUGCGGCAGCUUAAGAACAUUAAGGAUGCUUUUUGAGGCAACGGAAAACCUUAAGUCCCAUUUGUACAUUUCACUGUAAGAACUGAAUGACUGUACUACAUAAUUGCUUGUUCAACACAUUCUUUUGUCUCCUGAAAUCUACUUAACGGUGAGAGUUGGGUCACCUAGAUUCAAGAAGUACCACAGCAUUGAGGGGAACUCCUUUUUCUGGGGUACCAAGCACAAUUAGAAGUCCUCCUGAAAUCUUAUCAGGACAAUGACAUGUUUAAUAGCUUCUACAAUUGACUAUUUAUAUGAAAGCGUAUAAUAUGUAUUUUUGAAUAUAUAAAUAACGAUUGGAGAAUAUUUUCACAGUUCACAAUACUGCCAUUAUAUACACUGAUACUGUACUGUAAAUGUUGCACUUAAAAGUCACUACCCCUCUGGGCAGGCAUAUUGUCUAUCAAUAUAGGCGCAUCUUAUGAAAAUGACACAUUGGUCUUGUGUAAUUAGUAAAGUAGUUCUGGUGACAAUGUUUUGCUUUGAUGUGUAAAUAAAGGUCUGUAUUUACAUUAUCUUCUACAGCACAGAUCAUUUAGAUGAAUUGGGAGUUGGUGUGUUCAGUCAUUAGGUUUCCAUAGAUAAGUCUAUAUGAGCAUAAACCUCCCCAUUACAUGUGCACUGGCCUCUGGAAAUAUCAAAUGUAGCCAUACUUAUGUAUGAAUAUUCUUAGCGGUAAUAAAUAUUCAGAGGAUGAUGCCAACGGGCACAAUUUCAUCUACAGACAACUGAUCCACUAUGAUUGGGGAUCAUAGUGCAGGACAAGGGGCCUAAUUCAGAUCUGAUUGCUGGGCUGCGUUUUUUGCUGUCCUGCGAUCAGAUGGUCACCGUCUACAGGGGGAGUGUCAUUUAGCUGUGCGAUUGCAUGUGUAGCUGAGCUGCUUGUGCAGUCUCUCUGCAGCCCAGGACUUACUCUUCCAGUGCGAUUGAAUCCUGCUGAUUGGGGCCAGAGCUGAUGUCAGACACCCUCCCUGAAAACGCUUCAGCCCGCCUGCGUUUUUCCGGACACUCCCUGAAAAUGGUCAGUUGCCACCUCAAUAACCUUGUGAAUGCCCGUGUGAAUGGAUCCUUCACACCAUCCCGUCACUGACCGCAGAUGCCCGUUGUAGCUGUCCGACGCGCCUGCGCAUUGCGGUGCAUGCGCACGAAAACGCACAGCAGCGAUCAGAUCUGAAUGACCUCGAGGGUUUCUGUGCUCUAAACUUGUCUUAUAGAGAUCUCUAUACAAUACAAAUAUAUAUUUAGAAUCCACUUGUGACUUUUUAAACACGUCACUAUUAAUACACUGUGAUCCAAGGAGAGACUAGUAAUACUUUUUUUUUUUCUCUAAAUGCCAAUGUUAUAACAAUUAUAAAUAAACUUGACCAAAGAAAUAUACAUGUAUAUCCAAAGUUUAAUGAAUCCCAUAUACUGUUUACUGACACACCUACUACUAAAGAACAUGUUCAUGGACCAGGCGCAUAUUAUAUUUCUUGGUCAUGUAUGUGACUUCCGGGAUCUCCCAAACCAGGGAGGAAAUCACAAUUUAAAGUAAAUAAUGUAUGUACAUCUUUUAGUGUACAUAUGUGUGGUCAGAUGUAAUCAUGAAUGUUUUACAGAAAAGUAGCUAUAUAACUGAUUCAAUAUAGUCUGUAUUUGUUAUUGUAAUAUUAGCUGUUUAUUAUAAGAUGAUAUCAUCUUUAGGCUGUGUACACACGGCAUGAUGCGCCGUACAGCACGACAUUGACUAUUCGACGCCGUAUAGUCAAUGUUGACCUGCCUACACAGUCUAUUUUUCCUUGUGAUGCCGUUCCCGUGUGACCGCGCAUCGGCAUCGCAAGGACUAUACACACGGUGCGAAAUGCACUAUAUAGUCAAAAUCAAAGAAAUAUCGCACUGUGUGUAUACAGCAAUAGACUUUAUAUCGGAAUGCUGAAAUGCAAAACAAUGCUGACAUACAAGGUGUUACAAGGUUUUCUAUGCAGAAGGUUUGGGUUGAUUGUUUACAGUUUUACAAGUGCGGUGUAGAAACCCCUUGUCUUGUAUAGUAGACGUCUGGUUGUGCUCUGUUUGCUAAACAGUAGAGCCCUUAAACACUACUGUUGUGUAGCAGUUGUGUUAAAAGUAUUGUUGAUGGGGGAGGUGUUAGUGUAAAACUUCUGAACCCUAAAUCUAAGUGUAAAAUUUUAUUGUUGUAGAUUUUUUUUUUUUUUUAAUUGGCACAAUGCUCCGUAGAGCUGAACACAAGUGAGUGGAGCCGGCACUGCUAUAAAAUAAUGUAAUUUAAACCUUGUAUUCCUGAUAUCAGGGGCAGGAUGUAAUGGAGUCCGAGACCGCCGGAUGUGCGGGAUGCCGGGCGAUCUCGGACAUUUUAUUAAAGGGGCAAUCAUGUACAAGGCAUGAUUUUGCCUUGUAACUGCCCCUUUAAAAAAACGUCCGAGACCUUCCGGCGAUCUUGGACUCUGUUACUGAAUUUGGAAGCUUUGCCCCAGCUGUUACAACCACUAUUUUUUAUUUAUUUUUUUCCCUCUAAACUGUUUUUUUUAUUACAGUUUGUGUCUGUGGAAAAGGUGUAGGAACUCAUCACCAGGCCUGGUUGGGUGAUUUAAAGCAGACUGCAUCUCAAAUCCCUCUAAUCACUUUACCAGAUUCAAUUAGUGUAAUCUAUGCUGCAUGUGUAGAUUCUGAUAUGUUACAUGAAAUGCUGGAAUGGAACACUUCCUUUUUUUUUUGUAUUUUAUUUUUUUUAAACAGAUUGUUGAAAUAGUGUACCCAUAUACAGGUAGACAAACAAAUCUCUUCAUUCCUGGGAUACUUUAAUAACCUGGUGCAGAGGGUAAUAAUGUACUGUAACCCAUAGCACCCAGAUAUAUACUGCCUUUUGUCUGUAUAAUGUUUUCCGAGCAAUGACUGCUAUUCCCUGGCUGGUAUGGGUUACAGCACAAUUAUUCUGCUUGCACUGUUUUAUUAUACCUCCAAAUGUUCAUGUGUAAUCACUGAUUCUAAUGAUCUGAGAAGUUCAUAUAUGGUGUAUACAUAGUAAGGUGAAAUCCCCCUCUGGUGCAAUGUAUGUAUAUGAAAAAUUGUUUCUGACACUAUAUUUUGAUUUUAUUUUUCUGUAUAAAAAGUUUAUAUUUAUGUAGAUGUGAAAAUAAUUUGUUUCAUGGAAAAUAAAAUGCUGCUAGUUUUGAA